AUGAUUGGAAGCUUUUGUCAAGUCGGUUUUGGAACUAAGAUAGUUGCGAUUUUGUUUUUGUGGACAGCGGUUUUUGAACGGGGUAGUUUACGUACAACAGCCACCUUUCUUUCCUUCGAUGACACAGUGAAGACUUAUGUUCAGAAUGCAACAUUUGGUGCGGUUUAUUCUAAUUUUACGGUGAAUGCCACUUCGCAGAUUAUGUUCAUGUACAGCUACACGAUGGGCAAUAAGACCACAGCGGUGAGAGUCAGCAUGUCGUCCAGUAAUGCCACAGAAAAGUUUCCGGUGAUGUUUGUGGCAAGGCAGCAGGAGACCAUCUUGUCCUGGCAGAUUCCUUUAGACAUCAUUGAAAGCUACUCCUACUAUUCAGUUAAUAGGACACUGUGUCCCAUUGACAAGACCCGACGAAAAGACAUUGAUGAACAUCAGCUCAUCUACAUCACAGUGUCCAGUAUGUCGCCUGCUAGUGUAGGCUUCAAUUUAACAGCCACUGUGUUGAAUGACUUUGAACUCAGCCAUGAAACUCCCAGAACUUUCAACGUCACAGCGCCUCGUCCCGUCUAUUACAUGUACACCUUCCCCACUGAUGUGUCUUCCGUGCUGCUGAAAGUCAGCUCUGCGUCUCACACCUGCAUGACCGUCUCCGUCCAGACAAUUAAGUGUCCAGUCUUUGACCUGGAAACAAAUGUAGAGUUCAGUGGUCGACAUCAAACUAUGUCCACACAGGCAGCCAUGUUUUUAGAGAAAAGUGAUUUUGAAACACUUGGAGGUUUCUAUGUUGUGUUCAUUGUGAAGCCAGACAACAGAGAUUGUGAGAGAUACGUAGAGCCCAGUGUGAUAGUGCCUCCUCAUCUUGUUUCUGAGACUGUUAAAACCAUCACAGUGGAAAUCAAGGGAACUUUGCCAAGUUCCCAGUACUACAAGGCUAUCUUUGCUGCCAUAGGAGUCCUUCUUCUCUUUUAUCUCAUCAGUUUCAUCAUCGGUAUUGUCUUCGCUGGAUGUGGACUUCACAAAGGUUUAGAUGACCUCACCGAAGAAGAAAGAGCAAGCCUACGAGUGCACAUCAAUCCACACUUUCCACGGGCACAACUGGCCUCUCAGUCAAGGAACUCAGAGCGAGCCAAGCUGUUGUCUCAGCCACAAGGAGGAGAAAACAACUUACUGAAUCCAUCUCCAAGAUCUGGCAAUUACGGAACUAUGGCACAGGUUAGUCGCGGAAGAGAGCUGCAUGAUGUCAUGGCUAGCCAGACUGACUCGUCAGACUCUUCCAGCUUGUCUCUCGACUUGGAUGAGGACAGUAUUGACUUCUUAAAUGAUGCAGAGGAAGAAAAGGAAGUCGUCAGAACAAAGACUGCUUUAUAUGUCAGUGAUCUAGCCAGGAAGAAACCAAAGAAGUUGAUAAAAAUAUACAAGCUCUACCACUGGAACCUGCUGACCAUUGCCAUCUUCUAUGGGUUACCUGUUAUACAGCUUGUUAUCACAUACCAGAGAGUGCUGAAUGCCUCGGGAAACCAAGACUUGUGCUACUACAACUUCAACUGUGCGCAUCCACUGCGGCCGUUCCUUAGCUCCUUCAACAAUGUCUUCAGUAAUAUAGGCUACGUUAUGUUGGGUAUCUUGUUCAUCCUCAUUGUCUACAGGAGAGAUGUUCUACACAAGCAAGUGGUUCAGAGGCAUGGAGAGCUGGAGAAACAGUAUGGGAUUCCUCAACACUUUGGUCUCUUCUAUGCCAUGGGCUUGGCCUUGAUUAUGGAGGGGAUUAUGAGUGCCUGCUAUCAUGUCUGCCCAAACUAUACCAACUUUCAGUUUGAUACCUCGUUCAUGUACAUCAUUGCCUGCCUGUGCAUGCUGAAGAUCUACCAGUCCCGACACCCAGACAUCAAUGCCAAGGCACACGUCUCCUAUUUCACUAUGGCACUUAUAAUCUUCUUUGCAGUUCUUGGAGUGGUCUAUGGGGCGAGCUUCCUGUGGAUCAUAUAUGCCUUAAUCCACAUGCUGAUGACCUUGAUCGUUACAGCUCAAGUCUACUAUAUGGGUCGAUGGAGCGUAGAUCGUUACAUUUUCAAACGUGUCUUCCUGGUUCUGAUAUCAGAUUGUAAACGCUGCUCACGGCCUGCUUAUCCGAACCGUUUUAUACUGCUUUUGGUGGGUAACUGCAUUAACUGGGCAUUUGCCUUGUAUGGAGCCAUCUCUCAACCCUCAGACUUUGCUAGCUACCUGCUGGCAAUCUUCAUUGGAAAUCUUCUUCUUUAUUGUAUAUUUUAUAUCAUCAUGAAGCGCCUUAGCCACGAGCGGUUGAGUUGGUUGGUGAUCAUCGUUAUUUUAACCUCGGCCUUGACCUGGGCAGGGUCACUGUAUUUUUUCUUCCAGCACCUGACAUCCUGGCAGAAAACACCAGCUGGCUCCAGGGCUGGCAACCAGGAGUGUAUUCUGCUGGAAUUCUACGACCACCAUGAUGUGUGGCACUUCCUGUCAGCCAUUAGCCUCUUCUUCUCUUUCAUGAUACUGCUAUUGCUGGAUGAUGAUCUGUCGCAAGUCCGCAGGGAUCAAAUACCCGUCUUCUAG